AGAAACAAAGAAUAAACAUUUUUUCUGUUAGGUAUGACACAAUGAAGAGUCUGAAGGCCAAAUUUAAGAGGAGUGAGAGUCCUGAGUGGGGUCGUCUGGAUGACAAAUUGAUGUCUGCUGUAACCUGCAAUGAGUCAGACAAAGUGGAAUCCUUGCUAACAAAGAAGAGGCUAAUGCCCCACAAACUUGGCCCAUCAGGCAGAUCAGCCCUUCACACAGCUGCAGCUCUUGGACAUGUGGAAUGUCUAGAUGUCAUUUUGGCUCACCAACCCCAAUUGCUGGUUCGAGACCAGGAAGGCCAGCCUGCUCUGCAUCUUGCUGCACAGAAUGGACAUAUAGAGUGUGUUGUUAAGAUUCUACAGAAAGACUGUCCAGUGGAUCUAUCUGAUAGUCAUGGCAGAACAUCACUCCACCAUGCAGCUGUCAGUGGAAAUCUUACCUGUGCUGAAAUCCUGUGUGACUUUCAGGUUCCCAUCAACAAGAUAGAUGAAGAUGGCUUAUCUGCCCUCUCUUUGGCUGCCCAAAUGAGCUAUGGGGAUAUGUGCCAGCUACUUUUGCGGAGAGGAGCUGACGUUAACAGUAGGGACCUUCAAGGUCGGACACCCCUAAUGCUGUGUUGUGAAGCGGGCAGCACUCACACUGCUCAGCUUCUUCUAAGGGCUGGGGCAGAGAUCAGCCUACUGGAUUCAAUGGGGCAUGAUGCUCUGCAUUAUAGCAAAGCUAGAGGAACUAGCCAUAUGCAGAAAAUCCUACAAGGUACCUCACAGGUCAAAAGUGAUGUGCAUCAGGAACUUAUCACCAAACAAAUUAAGGGAAAUUCCAACGAGUCACAAAGUAAGAAUACAAAUUGUAUUGCUAAGAAGAGGAAAGCUCCUGCACCACCUACUGCAUCUAAGCAGCCUCCAAUGCCUCUUACCCAGGAUUCCAAAGAAAAAAAGAGUGAAAGAGGAAGAGAGAAAAGUCGGGUGAAACCAGAAAGAAAGAGUAAAGAGCCAAAACCCUCUACCCACAAGGCAGGUACUCCUGUUUUACAAGUGGAAACUGUUGCACUCAAAAAACAGCUCAACUCAAACAACCAAGAGCCAAUCACAUCCACAGCUCAAGAACAAUGUGUCCCUGACUCUGUAGGACAGGACCUAGCAGUCAUUUCUGAAGGACGAGAUGAGGGUAUCAAACUGGAAGAAAGUGUUAUAGUGACCACUGAGGAGAACAUCAGUAUAUCUGAGAAACAAAGUUUACAUACCAUUCAUAAAGAAAGCAAUAGAAGUCAUCAGAAUAUUGUGAAAAAUGUCUCUCAAAAAGAAAACAUACAUUUCCAUGAGGAACAGGAGGCAGCAGAAGAAGAUGACCAGCAGAUGAAGGGUGCCAAUAGUGAGCAAAUUGAUCCACCAGACAAGGAAGAUGGAAGUGUUUCUGAUCCUGAGAUAAAUAAAACGUUACAUGAUAAGAAACAGGGUAAAGAUUUGCUUGAAGAUGAAAGUGUCCCUUGUUCUGAGGAGCAGAAACUCCAGGUCACAUAUGAAACUGAUGAAUACAAAGAUGACAAAACAAUUUUACAGGAUCCAUGCGCUGAGCAGAAUGCUUCACUUGCCCAGGAAGAUAUCAUCUCUGAUCACAGUGAACUUACUGAAAUACUGAACUUCCAAACUAAUAUUGCGCCUGAUGCUGACUCCCUGCAGGAACAUUAUAUUACCUUGGAACCUGAUUCUUGCCAAGAUCAAAUGCAUUUCCAACAGGAUGUUACAGAGUUAUCAGAGGAUGAUACUGCUAUACAAACAGAUUAUGAAAACGGGUCUGUACAGGAAAUAGGCAACCUAAAGAAAGAAAUGCAGAAGCUGAGGGCAGAAAAUCAGGAGUUGCAAGAUAAAAUACAGAUACUUGAGAAUUAUGAGCGCGAUGAAAGUGAUAUGGAAAGUUCUGCAGACUUUAUUCCACUCAUCUUGUAUGACUCCCUUCAGAGUCAAUAUAUGCUUCUGCAAGAGCAGCUCAAAGAAACCCAGAACGAAUUGCAUCUUUUGCAAAGUUCCACAGAGCAACUGUCAUCUCCGUCUUGCAAACUGAUUCCUUUUGAGGCUUAUGAACAGCUCCAAAUUGAACAAGAAGCUUUGAAACAAUCAUUUAAGAAGCAGGAGAACACAAAGGAUCUUGAGCAUUUUGAGAAUGAGGAGGAACUGCAAAAUAUGGUGGAAGCAAAUAUGCUGCUACAGAGUGAGAAAAGAUGUAAUGAAUUGGAGGAGAAAUUAAAGAAGCUGCAGGACUAUAAAAGUCAAUGCAAAGAUAUGCAGAAAGACCUGAAAAAGCUACAGGAGAGUGAAGAGAGGUGCAAGCAGCUACAAGAAGAAGUUCAAAUACUUUGUGAAAAUAAAAAGCAGUACAAACAAAAUGACGAGGUUUUGGAAAAACUGCUGGAAAAGGAGGAACAAUGUAGAACAUUGCAAGAAGAAGUAAGGGGACUUAAGGAACAAAUUGAAAUGGGAAUUCUUAGCACAGAAGAUGCAAAUAAAGGCAUAGUAAAAGGUGAUGAGAACCAAAAGUAUAAGGAAUGUAGAGACAUUGCUGAGGACCAAGAGCAGCAGAAAGAGCUUUUGGAGAUAUUAUUUCAAAGGGACCAACAGAUUCAGCAACUAAAAGAGGAGUUUGAAGAUGCAGUGGGUUUAGUUCAGAGUGAAAAGAAAAGAAGAGAAACUCUGGAAGCUCUUUGCAAACAAAGAGAGGAUGAACUAAAAAAGUUGAGAGAAGACAGGCAAGUAGAAGAGAACAAAGAGAUGCAAUACUUGUGUGAACAGAAAGAUAUUUUGCAGAAAGAAGCACAAGAGUUACGGGAUCAAUUAGAAAAAUCUAAGACUCAAAAUGCAGGUAAAGGAUCCUUGCAUCAAACACAAGAAUUGUUGGAACAGACACAGGAACAUCUCUCUAAUGCUCUGCAGGAACUGAAAACCCUUCGUGAGAAUGCAGUACCCAUACAGGUGCAUCGUCAAGAGCAAGAAUCGCUAACUUGUGAGAUGCAGGACCUGAAGAUUAAAGUGAGACAACUAGAGCAAAAACUACAGAGCAGGGAACGGGAAACAGAGAAGUUGCAACAUGAAUUAGAUGCUGUACAGGCUGCAGAUCAAACAACAGAAGCAUUGAAGAAUGAGGUGACAUCUUUGACACAGAAACUGAGUGAACUAAGCAAACGCCAUGAGCGAACAAGUGUAGAAGUGUUUCAGGUUCAGAGGGAGGCUCUUUUUAUGAAAAGUGAGAAACAAGCAGCUGAGGAGCAACUGGAGAAAGUGCAGAAACAGCUGGAAAUUGUGACAGGGCAGAUGCAACACAUACAGGAGAAAGGCCAUGUGAUGUCAGAGCUUCCUGGGGAAAAGGAACAAAGGAUCUCAGAAUUAUCCCAAGAAGUUCUUGUCUUGAAAGAAUCUUUGAACAGACAAGGAGAACAGACCAGCCUGGAACAUGAACUGAAGAGACUCAGAGAUCAAAGAAAGGGUGAGCAACAAGACCAGCAUAGAAUGCAAAAGGAAAUAACGAGUUUGCAGCACAAACUUAAUACCAUGGAACAAAAACAUAAAGAAUCUGAGGUAUAUCACAAAUCAGUUAUUGAUACAUACAGGACGCACCUACUUUGUGCAGUGCAGGGUCAGAUGAAUGAAGAUGCCCUAAGAAUUUUGCAACAAAUCCUAAAAAUGAGGCUUGAUCAGUGAAAUUUGGUCGUGAAACAAUGAAAAUUCUGUUAAAAAAAUAAAUACAUUGUACUCUCUCUGUGCUCCUUUCCAUUUUGCAUGGAGCAUAGAAGAUAAAAGAAGAUAUACAAGGGUACAAAAUGAACUUUGAUUUCUGACAAUAACAAAAAGGCAGAGAUGACCUCAAUAAAAUAAAUAUAAAAUUAUAAAGAGGUGUGCUUUCUCUUUGUCACAUACUAUAAAUCAGCAUAUGCUGGAAUAUUUAGCUGAAUGGAAGCCAAAAGGCAGGGCCGCCAUUUUUGGUGCUAAAAGGGGCAGGCCAGAUAAGGAUGUUUCAUUCUGACAUUCCUUCUAAAAAAAUGUAUCCGCUCUGUUUUAACUCUUUGUUGAAUUCCAAACUGUGUCAACAGGAGCAGGGCCAGAACUAGUGGUAGGAAGAAGAAGAAGCAUUAACCUAGGGCACAAAGCUUGAGACUGUCAGGAACAUACCUUCUCUUUUGCCUAACCCAAGUCUGGGCCAAUGUCCCCCACUAACCAGUGAUGAGUAAGUUCCUAUCCUCCAAGUGAAACGUGCAUAUGUUCGUUUGUGCACUGGGGGGCGAUUUAGCCAGCCAAGUUGCCUAGGACGCCAGCCAGCCAGCCUGGCCGGACAACGAACAAGAACAGAAGAACAAUACCUUGGAUGCAUGAGUAAUGCCAUGUGCUUGCAGAAGUUAUGAAUUGAGCCUCACAACUGACAUUCCAGUGAGUAGGUCUGGGUUUGGUGGAUUCUAGGAUAAGUAUAAGGAUAAGUAUUGUGCUAAGCAUAUUAUCAGUAGGUACUGAUUUAAAUGCACCUUUCUUACUAGAGAUAAAUAUAUUAUUAAAUUCUUUGUUUGACAAGCAGGCUUACUAAUUUUACACUGCAUACAGGGCACAACAUCUCCAGCUCCAUAAUUAGUAAGCAGAAGCUGAAGUAUUGAAAGCAACAUUUGUAAAACUGAGAUUUGGUGUAGUAUAUAUGAUUGAUAUUACUAGCCUCAGUUCUGAGCCAAGUGGAUAUUAUAACUUUGUUUUGCUGUGCCCUAAUUCCUCCUGAGAACUUGACUAGCCAAUGUUGGGCUACAAGUUAUCCCAAAAAGCUUCGAUGUUCAUGGAAUCUCCCUGAUAACUGAUACCAUAUUCAUUACAAAUUACAGGUAGCUUAACCUUUUUCAAUGUGACCAGACAUUUACAAUGUGAUAAUUUAUAGCAUGGCAAUAAUUGUAUGAUGAUUGCCUACUUAAGACACCCAUUUAUUUUAAAUAAGCAUUGAAGGGAUUCUCUAAUCUGUAGGUUGGGUUUAGCAGAUCCGGACAGUGAGUGUGUGCAAUCUGAACUGCAUCCGAAAAGCUGUAUUAUAAAUGACUUUCAGAUGUUCGCAGAGGUUCCAUAUCUACUCAGUGUGAGAGGGUCCAUCACACGCCUGUUGCCUUUUGUAGUGGAAGAUAUCAGUAAGUAGAAGGCAAGGCUUUAUUAUCCAGAUUUAUUUAAAUACAUUCAUAUAAUAUAAACUUUUAUUAUAUAUAUUAACAUUUACUCAUCAACAUAGGUUAAACAAAAAUUACAUUUGUCAAAUUCAUUACUGUGUGAACUACUUUUCUGUUUUCAAGUUAUCCCUUGUUUUACAAUUUCUUGACAAUUUUGUAUAAACUUGAGAUAACAGUAAACUAAAUGUGUGUAAGAAUAUAAAUUAAGCAUACGUUAAUAACAAAAUUAAACAAAAUAUUGAUAGUAUUUUGUUACAUCAUCUCAUAAUAUGUUCAGAUCCACCUGAGAAUGUAACGAUUUCCA